UCUUUGCUGUAUUUGUUGGGUAAUAACGAUGCCUUCGAGAGUGCCCACAGAAAGCAGUGGAGGGAGCUGAAGCAUGCGCGCGUGUGCCUGUCAGAGUGAAAGGAAGCAUUUUUACUGUUGGUUUCGAUGAUCAGCUAUCCUAUAUGUGAUGCUAUCCAAGGAUAAGGUACGAGGCGUAUUUUGGACUGUUCAAUGUAUUAUUAGCAACAAAUGAAGAUAGCAAAUAAUUAAAAUUUGAAACAAAGUGCAUCUAAAUAUCAGUCGGAAUGCAGUUUAUUCUGUUUGCUGCAAUAGUGCUGUUUGCACGCGACCUCGCCGCAGCCGAGCCGAAGAUGAAAUGCCCGUCCAAAUGUGAUGUGAGUAAAUGUCCGAGCCCAAGCUGCCCGAGCGGGUACGUGCCGGAUGAUUGCAACUGUUGCCUUGUGUGCAGUCUGAAUGAGGGCGCACUGUGCGGUCGUAAGGAUGACCCUCCGUGCGGCGAUGGCCUUGAAUGUAAAUAUCCAGCUGGCAGGCGUCUUACCAAAGGUACCUGCGAGUGUAAGACAGCCUAUAGAGUGUGCGGCAGCGAUGGGAAGACCUACAAUAAUGUAUGUAAAAUGAGAACAGCCGCGCGUAAAGCGCAACAGAAGGGACUCUCCAUAAUAACCCUAAGGCACAAGGGUUCAUGUACAUCAUUACGUUCAGGCCCUGCACUUCUGAAAAGUCCACGGUACAAGUAUAAUUUCAUAGCAGAUGUGGUGGAGAAGAUUGCACCUGCUGUGGUCCAUAUUGACCUUUCCCUCAAUCAUCCGCUGUUUGGGCGUAAUGUCCCGUUGUCAAGCGGUUCUGGAUUCAUAAUGACGCAGUCUGGCCUGAUUGUGACCAAUGCUCACGUGGUAACCAGCAGAGCAACAGUAACAGGCCGCCAGCAACUACAAGUGCAGUUACACGAUGGCCAAACAUAUGAUGCCUCCAUCCGAGACAUCGACAAAAAGUCUGACAUCGCAACCAUCAAAAUUAACCCAAAGAGAAAAUUGCCAAUAUUAUUGCUGGGUCGUUCUGCUGACCUGAGGCCCGGUGAGUUUGUGGUUGCCAUUGGCAGUCCUUUUGCUCUCCAGAACACAGUCACGACAGGCAUCAUCAGCACAACACAGAGAGACGGAAAAGAGCUGGGCAUCCAUGACUCUGACAUGGACUACAUUCAGACUGACACCAUCAUCAAUUACGGGAAUUCAGGAGGCCCACUUGUAAAUCUGGAUGGUGAGGUGAUCGGCAUAAACACACUUAAAGUGACCGCAGGGAUCUCUUUUGCAAUUCCAUCAGACCGAAUCAAUAAAUUUCUUAAUGACUCUAAUGAGAAACAGCAGAAAGUUAUUCACAGGGUAGUCAGGACAAAAAUGCAGUCUGACCCUGUCAAGACUGCCUCAGACUUACCAAGUUCCAAAAAAAGAUUCAUUGGAAUCAAAAUGAUCACUUUAACAGAGAACCUAGUCCAUGGGUUAAAAUGGCACAAUCCUGACUUUCCGGAUGUCGCCACUGGAAUUCUUGUUCACGAAGUUGUCCCAGAUUCCCCAGCUCAAAAAGGUGGGUUGGAAACAGGUGACAUUAUAGUGAAGUUAAAUGGGCACCCAUUGGUCAACACUGGUGAAUUACUGGAAGCAAUUCAAGGAGACACGCCCCUCCUUCUGGAAGUUCGGCGUGGAAAUGAUGAUCUACUAUUCAACAUUGAACCUCAAAUGUUUAUGCAGUGACAGAAAUGGGAAAUCAGGAUUAGUUGAAGACAAUAUCAUGAGAAAAAAGAUCUGAAGUAAGAAGAUUGAUAGUGCUUGAAUUUUUACAGCUGGACGUCUGAGCUGUUUCUUUAUUUUAGUUGUCUGAAUAUUAUUAAUGUAAUGCUACUUUAUAGUAAUUGCUGUAGCAUUGCCCUCCUAUCACGCCUGAAAAGAAAUGAGAUAAGAAAAAUACUUAAAGAAAAUUGUUUUCUUGAUAAAAAAAAUUAGCAAAUGAAGCUUUAUAUCAGUCGGGAAAAAUGUUAAACUACUGAAUAUUUAGGGCACAUUAAAUAUAAUAUUUUAUAAAUUAGGAUAUUUGAUAUAUGCUUACAAGUAAUGCGGCAAUGUUUUUUGCAACAACCUUCUAUUGAAUUUUCAAUAAAUCUUUGUAAAACUAAACAAGGAUGGCGGAGCAGAUGUUUAGCAUUUUGAAAUGUUCUUUUUAAUGGAGUCAUUUAUGACUCAGAAAUUUGCAAUAACCCUUUAUUUGCAGAGGUAUGUGGCACUUCCAAAACUCAAUCUUCAUUUCAUCAUCACAGUGUUUGGUGGAUUUAGCACCAUAUUGAUGCUAGAACAUCAGACCCACUGUUUCUUGACCAUGAUGACUGAUGAUAUAGUACAGUGGUGUUAUAAGAUCCUCAGUAUAAGUACAGAAAACUCCAACUGCCCUUUUAUCGAUACCAGAACUGUAUUGUAUUGUCUUUUAGCAGAUCCAGACAGAUUUUAGCAGAUAUGCCCUUAAAUCGGUUUAGCUUUGUCUGACCGAUUUUGUUCCAGUAUGCAGCGGAUGGUUUAAUAUUCCAGAUCUGGAGAGUAGAAAGUGAAAGUAAUGAGGUAAUGUCUGUGGAGCAGCUGUUAUUUUGUGAGAAAACCUCCCACACCUCCACCAAGUGGGUCAUGGUCCAAGAACAAGUUGCACUUUAGCAGUAACUCAAGGUGCUUAUUUUUGCUGAUCUGGAUGUUAAAAACUAUAAUCUAAGCAGUAUAGUGCAGCAUUGUCUCCCAUAGGUGAACACAUACUAGAACUCAUACUAUGCAAUGAAAAUGCAAAAAUGUGAAUAUAUGAUCUAAAGGACGUUUCUUUCAGCAGGUCACAUGGUGCCAUAUAUUCUCCAACUAAAAGUGCAUCUUUAACCCUCAUAAACCCCUAUUUUCCUGUAUACGUUAGAGUUCCUGGGGGUAAAAAUUACCCCAGAAAUUAAAAGAGUCAUUACAAAAAAUAUAUACAGUUUUAAUGAUACAAAUAAUAUAUAUCUUUUUUGUUUACUUCCCAUCUACACAAUAAUGCUGUGUUUUGGAAGAUAUGAAGUACUUUUGUACCUGUUUACUACUCAAUUACUCAACUACAUCAUUAGCUUGCCUGUAAAAUAUCAAAAUUUUACAAAAAUGCACAUAAAUUAUGAUCUAAAUUUGAUUUAAAUUGUUUUUAGAUAUUGAUCUAGAUGUCAUGUGUUGAAUUCGGCCAUUUGGUGUUUAGAAAAGAACAUAAAAGAAUUACAGUUUAGGAAAUAAAUCAUUUUGACCAGCAGAGGCCCAUAGAGACCCAUUCAUUUUACUGGAUGUGGCCAACUGCUCAACAUCAGUACUUUAGUAAAACAUUUUGUGAAUAUAUGUUUAUAUAAACAUUAGAAAGGUCAUUAAAAAUAAAAAAAAUAUUUCAAAUAGUAUAAUUUUUUGUAGUUUUUGAUGCAUUUUGAAAUGUCUGAUUUUACAAAAUUCCACAGAAAUUUGACUGAAUGUAAGUGUGUGUGUGUUUGUGCGUGUUUGUGACUUUGUCUUUAUGUGUGUAAGUUUUACUGUGUCUUUGUGUGUGUGAGUAUGUGCGUGUGUGUGUAUGUGACACCUGUGUGAGCA